CUCUGCAAUUUAAAUUCAAACAUUUGUGCUCUCUCAUCUCAAAAACUACACUAAAGCUAUAAAUCAUCAUUCAUCUAAAGUCUUCAAAAAGCAAUGGAUUACACAAAAAGCGAAGAAACACCGAUAAACCGUCUUCAUUUCCCGGCGACAGAGCUAAACCACUACGAAGAACAACAAGGAUCAACAAAUUCAUCUGAAAGCAGAAGCAAUGAAGAGGUCUCUGACUGUGAUCAGCAACAUUCUUCAAUAGCUAACGAGCUCGGGCUAAUGGAGUUGCCUAAAGACGAUAAAGCUUACAAGCUAAUCUAUGGUCAUUGCCAAUCUAAGCUAACUUCUCACUUAGGCAAUCAAUUUCAGAUUGUAUCAAUUCUCAAGAACGGAUUUAAAACACCAUUAGGACAAGCUAAGCUCAAAGCCUUUCAGAUAUACACUGAGUCUGUGGCAAAGAAAAGCGGAAGUUACUGCGAAUGCGGUGGAAACAAAGCUGCUGCUGGUGAAGCAGCGAGAGUGAAAUACGGUUGUUGCGGUGUGGAGAAGGAAGAGUUAAAAGCGAUUCUAAUGUAUGGAUUUAGCCAGUUUAGGAACAACAAUGGCUUAUGUCUCUCACCAGACAAUGCUUCUCUUCAAUGUAUGAUAGAUCCUUCAUCAUCUUGUAACGAAGACGGGACUAGAUUCUUGUUGUUUUCAAGAAUUAUUAUGGGAAAAUCAGAGGUUAUGGGCUCGACCGCACAAUCGUAUCCGAGUUCUCCAGAGUUUGAUUCAGGUGUAGACAGUUUAAUAUCUCCGAAGAAGUAUAUGAUUUGGAGCACACACAUGAACACUCAUGUUUUGCCUGAGUUUGUUGUUUGCAUCAAAACUCCAUCCAUCUUGAGAAGUAAGAACCCGAAAUCGCCUUGGAUUUUGUUUCCAAUACUGAUCAAAUCGAUAUCGAAGUUUCUAAACCCGUCGCAAAUCCGUCUCAUUCAGAAACACUAUAAAGAAUAUCAAGAAAGUAGAAUCUUACGGUUUGAGUUGAUUCAACGACUGAGGACUAUAGCCGGAGAUAGGUUAUUGGUUCAAAUCAUCAAAUCUUUCGGACAAAAGGGACCGGAAGAAUCAAGACCAAUAAAUUUACAGUCGCAGCGUGGCUGUAUGCAUAUAUAGAGAAGUCGUUUGUUAGCUCUAUGUUGAUUAACAGAAUUUUGCUUUCUUAGUGUUGUAUGUAAAUAUGUUUCUGUAAAUCAAAAGACAAUAAUUCACAAUCUUGCUGACAAGUCAAUGCUGCUGAAACAUAUAACCUUAAGUGGAUAGAGUUACUUCCCAGCCUUGUGGAACUGGACCUUACUCAUUUAUGAUCUUUAAUCAUACUGUGAAAUGAACAUAGCAGUGUUAAAUA